AUGGCAAACAGCGGUAAAGAAAGUUCAGGUCUAGUGUGUAUCAUGUGGGGUCAUCUUCCACCACAAAAUCUCAGUGCUGGGUUCCUGCUUGUCUUCUCCUGCCUCGUUCUUUCUGUCUUUUCCACGAUUAGAGAAUAUGAGGAGAAGUCAGAGGGCGCCCUCUACAUACUGGAAAUUGUCACCAUUGUGGUCUUCGGGGUAGAAUACUUUGUGAGGAUCUGGGCUGCCGGUUGCUGCUGCCGUUACAGAGGGUGGAGAGGACGACUGAAGUUUGCUCGCAAGCCAUUCUGUGUCAUCGACAUCAUGGUGUUGAUAGCGUCCAUAGCGGUCCUGUCUGCAGGGUCACAGGGAAAUGUCUUUGCCACCUCAGCUCUCAGGAGUUUGAGGUUUCUGCAGAUUUUGCGUAUGAUCCGUAUGGACCGGAGAGGAGGAACAUGGAAACUACUGGGCUCUGUGGUGUAUGCGCACAGCAAGGAACUGAUAACAGCCUGGUACAUCGGCUUCCUGUGCCUCAUCUUGGCUUCGUUCCUGGUUUAUUUGGCAGAGAAAGAAGAGAACAGCGAAAUGUUUGAUACUUAUGCCGACGCCUUGUGGUGGGGACUGAUCACUUUGACCACCAUCGGUUAUGGAGAUAAGUAUCCACAGACCUGGAAUGGUCGUCUACUUGCUGCCACCUUUACUCUGAUUGGAGUCUCUUUUUUUGCUCUCCCCGCUGGAAUCCUUGGAUCUGGAUUUGCCCUAAAAGUCCAAGAACAGCACAGACAGAAGCACUUUGAGAAGCGGCGAAAUCCUGCAGCCGGACUGAUCCAGGCGUCCUGGAGAUUCUACGCCACAAACUUGUCUCGCGUGGACCUGCACUCUACGUGGCAUUAUUACGAACGCACAGUCUCUGUGCCAAUGUACAGCUCUCAAACGUACGGCGCAUCCAGGCUGAUUCCACCACUGAAUCAAUUGGAUCUUUUACGGAACCUGAAGAGCAAAUCGGGACUUACAUUCAGGAAAGAGCAGCAGGCUGAACCACCACCCAGCCAGAAAGUGAGCUUGAAGGAAAGGGUGUUUUCUAGUCCCAGAAAUGUUGCCACAAAAGGAAAAAGUUCUCCUCAGUCUCAAGGGGUGCGUCGUUCACCGAGUGCUGACCAAAGCCUGGAGGAGAGCCCAAGUAAAGUGCCCAAGAGCUGGAGCUUCGGUGAUCGAGGACGGACUAGACAGGCUUUCCGCAUCAAGGGAUCAGCAUCACGGCAGAACUCAGAAGUCAGCCUCCCAGGGGAGGAGAUUCCUGAGGACAACCGAAGUUGUAAUUGUGAAUUUCUUGCUGAAGACCUGACUCCUGGUCUCAAGGCUUCAAUUCGAGCCGUGUGCAUAAUGAAAUUUCUUGUAUCAAAACGGAAAUUCAAGGAAAGCCUUCGACCAUACGAUGUCAUGGAUGUAAUAGAGCAGUACUCAGCUGGUCAUCUUGACAUGCUUGCACGUAUCAAAAAUCUGCAGUCCAGGAUAGAUAUGAUUGUGGGUCCCCCACCCCCUUCAACACCCCGGCAUAAGAAGUUACCUACCAAAGGAUCAGUGCAUUCUACCAAAGAAUCACCCUUGUACUCUCCUAGAGUGGACCAGAUUGUCGGAAGAGGAGGUUCCAUCACUGAGAAAGACAGGACAAAAGGAUCAAGUGAACCUGAGAUGCCUGAGGACCCAAGUAUGAUGGGUCGUUUGGGCAAAGUAGAAAAACAGGUGCUGUCAAUGGAGAAGAAACUUGACUUUUUGGUGAACAUCUAUAUGCAGAGAAUGGGCAUCCCGCCCUCUGAAACAGAGGCUUAUUUUGGGGCUAAGGACCGUGAGCCAGCUCCUCCAUAUCACAGUCCAGAGGAUAGCCGGGAACAUGUAGAAAGGAACACCUGCAUAACUAAAAUUAUUCGAUCCACAAGCUCAAUGGGCCAAAAAAACUUUAGCGCUCCUCCUGUACAGGGAACAACUACGACUAAUUGCCCUCCAUCAACAUCUUGGCAGCAACAGCAGCCAUGCCACCGACAUAGCCAUGGCUCUUCACCUGUGGGAGAUCCUAGUUCCAUGGUAAGAAUUCCUCCACCUCCAUCACAUGAGCGCUCACUUUCUGCAUUUGGAGGAAACAGGAUAGGGACAGGUGAAGAGGGAUCUGCCAAACACAGAGACACAGCAGCCUUGAGGGAUAGUGACACCUCCAUAUCCAUACCUUCAGUGGAUCAUGAAGAGUUGGAGCGUUCCUUCAGUGGCUUCAGCAUCUCUCAGUCCAAGGAGAAUCUGGACGUUCUGAACAAUGGGGCAGUGGCGGGUCCUGGCCCUAGCAACAAAGUUCGUCCUUACAUUGCAGAGGGAGAGUCAGACACAGACUCAGAUCUCUGCACUCCCUGUGGACCACCUCCCAGGUCAGCCACUGGUGAAGGACCAUAUGGCGAUAUGGGAUGGCCAACCAGCAAAUAAACAUUUGCCUAGAGAUCUUUUGGACUCGUGUAGAAAUUGGCAACCGACCGUUAAUGUGAUGCGCCCAGAAUAAGUGUCUCCACGUCACAUCCU